GGCUCGGCGGCCAACGGGAAGGAAGACUGGCGGGGGCCGCGGAGGGCGGGGCGGGCCACUCGGCGGGGCCGCGGGGCCAUGGCAGAGAGCAGGAGGGAAGUGUUCUUGGCAAAAUUACUGAAACGACUCUAUGGUGAAACUUCAUCAUCUUCUCCUGUGCAUACUUCAAAUAGAGGAGAGGAGGCAGUUCUUGGAAAUCUGGGAUCAAAAUCCAAAGAAAAGAAUUUGGGUAAUGUUCAGACUUCAUCAGCAGAUGCUAGCACAUCAACUGAUACACCCUGCAAAUCAUUUCAAGGUAGUGAUGCAAUUAUGUCUCCAAGAAGAAUUUACAAAGUGGAUCUUCCUCCAGAGGGUUAUGUUGCAGCUACUCCAGAUGCUAUUAGUAGUGCAGUUUCUGAAAACUCAGGCAGUAGUGCUGACUCAACAGAAGAGGAAUAUCAAGGGCAAACCAAGAGAAAGUGCGUUCGAAGGAAGAAACAAAAGAGCAGUUUGCAAAUCUCUAAUAAUUUACAUGGAGAACAAACAGAUUGUGGAAUGCAAGAGGCUCUUGUUCAAGAUAAUUUACAGCUGCAGCAGACAGACAGUCCCAAAAUAAGCAGAAACAAAAAGAGGAAAAUGAAAAAGAAGCGACAGAAAGAAAAAAAGAGAGCAGCUGGCUUGGUAACAAAAACUACCAGUGUGGAUUUUACAUAUCAGCCUGACAAAAACAACAGAGAAGAAGCAGCAGGCUUAAAAGACAUAGAUGAAAAGGCAGAUAGCAUUCUGGACUUCCUGCAGGCAACACAACAAAUUUAUUUUGCUGACAAGAAAUCAGAAUGCACAGAUACUGCUGUAAAUUCAGCAACUGCCCAAGAACUCUUACAAUAUCUUGAAUCUCGCACCAUCUCUUCCUCAGAUGUGACUCAUCUACAUCGGUUGAAAUCCCUUGUAUUGCUACAGGAUAUUGAGAGAUUGAAGGAUGCCUUGAAACAAUUCCAAGAACAAUCCAUGAUGCUUCCUGAUCAUACUAAGGUAGCCAUGUCUCUGUUUCACUACUGGAUUACAGAUAUCCUUCCUGUGAAGAACAGGAAAUAAAGCCUUCCCUGCAUCUGUAUGCACAGGGUUAAAAUUUAAUAUACAAACUCAUAACCAAGUAGCAAUUGUUCAGGAAGAGCAUUAUCAAUACACACUCUACAACUUCAGGUAAAUGAAUUUUUUAUUGUGUUACAAACUUCAGAAGACAGUAAACAAAGUAAAACUACAUGUGACUUUUUGUGUUUGGUUGGUCAGGAAUAUCCAUAUGCUUUGUGGCCUGAGUCUUCAGCUGGAUUACUAUGUACAUUUCUCCUUAGGAUGAGGGACUUAACUGGAAUGAUAAAGUCUGUAUCAGGUACUUUGUUUAAGAACAAUACUAUUUCCUUUUUUUAUUUGUAAAUUUAUCAUUCCUUUCUGGAAAUUAUAUUUCUUGACUUUUUUGUAUAUCUGCUUGCUUGGAAAACAGAACUAUAUUUUUUAUAUUUAAACCUAAGCAACAACACGUCGAGAGGAAUGUAUUUUUGCUGAAUAAACUGCUAAAUUUUAUGGAAAUAGAUAUAUUUCUACAUGUGGGUCGUAUAGGUACUGUUUGGAGUUAUGCAGAAACUUGGAUGGCAUUUUCAGAACUGUUCCAUGGCUAAGCCUGUUACAAUCUGAUGGGCCUCACUGACUGCAGAGUUAUGGGACUGGGUUCUCUCACUGAUUACUGUGUAAUCUGUCUACUACUGUGUAGUCUUUCUGCAGCCGAAUUUAUCCGUGUGUAGAUAAUACAGUAAAUAAUAUCCAUGGUUUUAAAAUGUUUUGGAAUCAUGAAAUAAAAAAUGCUUUGUAAGUAA